AUGGGAUGGAGCAAGCGCGGAAAUGGUAGGAGUUACGAUAGUCUAAGUGACUAUGGAACAAUAAUUGGAUUUUUAACUGGGAAAAUAUUAGAUUUUUCAACCCGUAAUCGAAAGUAUAGGCUCUGUGACAAGGGCCACAGUAAACAGGAUCACGACUGUGUAAAAAAUUUCCAAGGAAGCGCUAAGGCGAUGGAACCGGACGUAGGUGGAGCUUCAGGAAACAAUAGCAUUUUUCUGAAAGAAGCCAGUCUAUCAGUUCGAGUACUAAUUGGAGAUGAAGAUAGUUCCACCAUUGCCGCGAAAAGUUUCAAAGAAUUAGGUAAAAAGGAAACUAUAUCUCACUCGAAAAAACUUUUUACAUACGCUGUUUCUCAGAAUCACGGGAAAAGUAGUCAGUUGACUUAUACGCUUCGUACCAUUCCUGACCACGUAUUUGGUCAUCAUGAAAAUUGUGGAAGCUGGUGCAAGAGCAACUCCGAGGACAAUUCUUUGAACCAUACAAUUCAACUUAAAGAUCUCCGGCUGCAUAGUAAAUUAACUGAUAUUUUCUCUCAAUACGCCAACAAUCCAGCGAAAUUUUCAGUCUUCGCGUCAAGUCAAGCAAACGAAAGUCUUAAUAAUAUGAUGGCACACAAGGCCGCUAAAAAUCGUUCCUAUGAUCUCAGUGAAUCAGCUGAUUACCGAUCAGCUAGUGCAGUGUGUACGAGAAACGAAGGAGAAAUCAACCUUUUGAGCGUCCAAGAAAAAUGUGUAUACUUGAAUCCUUCCGGACCUGUUGAUUCAGAAGCAAGUAAUGUCACUGGAUUCACUGGAUUGAGAAACAUUGCUGGACAAUUGUAUUGUCAUGGCGAACUAGUUUCUUGUAUUCAUGUUGUGGGCGCUUUGACAUCAUUUGCAGAGUUUCUAAACUUGUCAUCAAAACCAUGUCUUCUUGUGGCUCACAAUGCACCAUUUGACAGCUCUCGUUUGCUUCGUUAUAUUAAGGAGCAUAAUAUGAUCAACAUCUUUCUUAAUAUUGUUGAAUUUCUCAGACGCUCUAAACUUAUUUAA